UCCACUUGGAGCUUCGGCCAAAACACUAAAAGCUUAGAGCCCCGCCUCUGUGCAGGCCGUCUCCACUGAGGUCUGAGAAUAGACCACAGGAUGACUGAGAUGUUUUCCACAAAGCAGAGUGGAAUUACAUGCAGCAGAGCCCUUACGCUCGCACCAUCACGUAAACAUCAUCCGAGCUGAUAACACGCUUUUAGUUUCCUCAAUCUUCCUGAAUUCUGCUUGUUUCUACAAGAAAUAUACGUCAAAGGAAUUUUUGAGGAAAACAUAAAGAAAUCAAAAAGAACAGAUGAGUUCAGAACUGCAACCGCUCAGCUGAUUGGUCAGCAGAGUCUGGUGGGUGUGGCAAACACUCAACUCCGCUAUAUAAAUAUGAAUGGCCCAGUGACAGCUACUUUGAGGUACAAUUUCCAGUCUGACUUGGUUUCAGUGACUGCAACCACAUGUACAACAAAUAGCUUCAGACAUGUUUUGUUUUUACUGGUUUUGACCAUUUUGUUCUUGUUUUCCAGAAUGUGAAGAAGUCCGGUCCAGAGUUGUGUUUGCAAACUCUUUUCCUGUGGAGUACAUUUAUAGGAUCUGCCUCACAAAGUGCAUAUUCUGAAGCAACAGACUGCUGUAUUUCUUGCAGCUGCUGGUCUGAUUGGGGUCAAUGGCUCAUUCAAAAGGCCUUGUGGAGAUUGCCGUCAGGCUGUGCUUGGACCAACGUAAACAGCUGUGCCCUCAUGUGUGGGUCCCCAUCCUGAAGCCCCUGCGUCCUUGCAUCCGCACUCCGGUUUCAGAGCUCUACCCUGUUGGCAUCUUGAGUCAGAAUGAUCUGGACCACCCUCUUCUAUCCAUCCUCGAUGACGUAGAUGAUGACAUUUUGACCCCGAUCAAGGAGAAGCGUGUGGUUUUUGCUGACUCACAGGGCUUUUCCCUGACAGAUGUACGACUCUUUUCUGACGAAGAAGAAGAGCAAUCUGACCUCGAUCUGCUGCCCACGCUGCAGGAUUUAGGAAGCAUGACAGGGGACGGCUACAGUUGCACUGUCAGCACCUCCUGCCCAGGGACAAGCCUCAAACUGGGCUUUGCACAGCCCUCUUUGGAUUUCCAGGCCUUCCGUUCUAAACUGGCAGAGAGCAUGGUGAUCCUGGAGUGCUGCACCAUUAGUGAACAGACCCUCCGCGGUACAGUGCGGGUCAGGAACAUCACGUUCCAGAAGGACGUGCGAAUGCGCAUCACCUUCAACUCUUGGCUGAGUUACAGAGAUGUCCCUUGCACAUACCUGCAGAAGCGCUUCGGAGGACCUCAGACAGACAUCUUUGAGUUCUCCACAGAUAUUCCAAAGGUGAUCGAUGCCAAGCGGAGAAUAGAAUUCUGUUUCAUCUACUUGCCAGUGGGUUACAGCGAGCCUUUUUGGGACAAUAACUAUGGAAAAAACUACAGCAUUUCGGUUUGCGUGAACUCACACCUCUGUUGUGGGAAGAGGAUGAAAGAGUAAACUAACCUUUAACCAUAGCAUUUUUUAGCAUACAUUUAUGAAUAAAAUUAAUUUACUGUUAGUUUUAUUUUAUUUGCAGUUUAUAUUACUUUGUUUAAAUUUAUUUUAAUACCCACUUUGCGUAUGUAAAUGUAUUUUUGCACCCACCUUUAUUUUGGAGUUGUGUUUAUUAUGGAUGUGUAAUAGCAAGAGUCUGGUGAUACGAUAUGUGUCACAAUACAAUUUGUAUCACAAUGUUUCCCAAGAUUGCACCAGAACAAUUUUUUUAAGAGCAUGACUUAGAAAAAACACUUUACCUGAAUAUUAAUGCGUCUGUCAUUGUAAUCUUAUCUUCGUAGCACCACAAUCUGCAUUUUUUUAAUGAUGCUGGCGGCAGCGUGGCUUUUAGUUCUGUACCCAUCCCAAGUAAGAAUUAGAGUAGUACAUAUCUCACAACAACAAAAACUGUGAGGGUGACUAAACAUUUAGGACAGAUUCUCACGAGAUCUUGUUGUUUUGGUCGUGGUGUAGACAAGUGGUCGGGAUUUAGGUGGAAAACAAAAGUAAAACGC